GUGAGAGGAUGAUGGCGGCAGGCGGUAUGAGCUGUCGGCAAUGCUGAAACGGAUUUAGUCGGUAAAGAGUAAAGCGCCUGUGCUGCAGAGUCUGACCACCACCCGUUUAAGGACUUUACCUACUGUCAGAAGGAAUAAGGACACUAAUGGCGCUGCUCUAUGGCUUGUUAUGGCGGCUCUUACUGGUUCUGGUCCACGUCAACAGAGCGCUCAUCUCCUGGCUCCGUGUCUGGGUAAAGAGCUGGAAGGGCCGGUUGUGGGAGAGGGCUAUGGCCGCUUUGCUGCUGCCGUUAGCCCUGGCUGGGUUCCCGGACCACCAGAGGAAGUUAAAUCAUAACCCUGACGCUAAUGCUAACUCUGCAACUAGGAACCGUAUUGCCAGUCGCCGGUCACGGUGGCUGUCUGACGGCAGGUCUCUGGAGAAGCUGCCGGUCCACAUUGGCCUAUUGGUAGCCGAAGAAGAGCCCAGCUAUACGGACAUAGCCAACUUGGUGGUGUGGUGUAUGGCUGUCGGUAUAUCAUAUGUCAGCGUCUAUGAUAAUCACGGGAUUUUUCGGAAAAAUAAUAUCCGUCUGCUGGAAGAGAUAGUGAAGCAGCAGCAGGACUUGCUGGGGGUCGAGGGAUCCAAAUACAACGUGGAGUUCCUGAGCAACGGCAGUGACAAACAUCAGCACCAUGUGGUGUCCUGCAGGCCCAUAGUGAAGGUCCUGUCUCCAGAAGAUGGGAAGCAGAGUAUUGUUCAGGCAGCACAGCAGCUCUGUCGUUCUGUGGAGAACAAAGAGAGGAGCUCCAAAGACAUCAGCGUGUCCAUGCUGGACGCACUUCUCAGAGAAUCAAAGUAUAUUCCUGAUCCCGAGCUGGUGGUGAAAUUCGGUCCGGUGAACAGCACGCUGGGCUUCCUCCCCUGGCACAUCAGACUCACUGAAUUCAUCUCCCUGCCCUCCCACAGAGACAUCUCCUACGAGGACUUGUUCGGUAUCCUGCAGCGGUACGGUGUGUGUCAGCAGCGACUCGGCCAGUGAUGUGCGGGGCCAGGGUCGAGGCCUUCACGCAGGAACAAAUGUGGUUUGACAGUCAGACGAGAGGUGGGGGCAGGCGGUGACCCCUCCAUGCCUUACCGAGUCCCUCAUUACUUCUCCUGAAAUCUCUUAACAGACUAAGAAAGCUCAAAUAUGAGGAAACCAGGAGACCGGUCAGCUGACUUCCUGCCACCAGCCCUUGUCUUAUAAUAAACUCACAUUCCAGAACUUCUGGAACCGGCUCUCCAAGAGAAAAUGGCACAUCAGAAACACGCACUGACAUGAGAAGACUGUCUAUAGACUCAGUGUACCACAAACCCUGUUUUGUCUUCUCAGACCCUCUGGCUCACUGUUUGUCAUUCAGUCUCCAGCUGCUGUUUACUGCUGAAGCCUUCACUCAGCAGACAACAAAGAAGAAACAAGGCUUUGUGCCCAAUCCGUGUAAGGAAUCCUGGGAAAUAUAGCUACAUGUAGGAGAAACUCAAUCACCACCAACACUCGAGCUUGCACAGAGGAAGUGGAUCUCGGACAGAGUGGUUAAUGAUGUGUAAAUAUGAAAACAAAUUAAUGUGGCUCUGUGUUUGUCCCUGUGGCCUCUUGCUUGUGGUCAUGUGUCACAUACAGAGGUUUGUUUAGGGUUCUUGUUUGACCAAUCAGAGCCCUGAAAUAAAUAAAUGCACUGUCUCUGUGUAUAUGUCCAAGGCUUAUAUGAAAAUCUUAAUACAACUUCACAAAAUCAUCUUACUAUAACUCUAAAGAAAUGCACUGUCUCUGUGUAUAUGUUCACAGCUCAUAUGAAAAUCUGAUUACAACUUGACAAAAUAAUUUACCUCUAACUAUACUCUCCCCUCCUUCCCCCCAUAUACUGAAGAGUGUUGAGAGAUAUCACCUAACUGAAGCUCUGUACUUGGGUCACACAAUAAAAUGAUGACAGUGAGAUGUGGUGAAGGGCUCCAGGAGAAAGCUAGUAAGUGGACCUUUAGGUCAAAUGAUUUUGUCAAACUACUCUUUAAAAAAAUGUUGACUCUUAUUUAGUUAUAUUUGACACACCUCCCUGACGGUUAUCAUUACCUGAACUGCAAAGUUCAGUCUUGAUCUUGGAAACAGCAAUUGACCAAAUAAUCUUACCUCAAGGUGUACUUACUAGUUUUCCAGUACUUUCAACUACAGCUCAUGGUCUUUCUCAAUGGGUGGAGUCAGUCUACUCAGUCUUCAGUUCCAAAGUACUGCAAUUCCAAACUGAAGUAAUUACAACUGAGUGACUCCCCCCAUCCACUGAGGAAGACCAUGAGAUGUGGUUGAAAGCCCAUGAAAACAGCUGAUGGGGGUUCAAUCCAAAGUUUAAAAUAUUUUGCUUAAAAAAAAACUAUAUUUUGUUUAUUUUUGUGUUAGCUGAUUCAAAAAUUACACAAUGUUCUAUAUGGUGGCAGCUAAUGUAGCCUGUGGUUAUCUGGAGAUGACAGUUGGUGCUCAUGAUAGACCUUUUUACAGCAGACAUUUUGACGUGACAAAGCAGGAGUUUGAUGGCUACAUUCCAUUUAGGUGAGUCGGUUGCAGACUGAUGUUGUGGCUGACUGACACCUAAUGGAAUGGAGCAAUCAUUACCUACUGUUAUCAUUUACAUGUACUAGGGUUGGGUAUCGUUUAAAAAAUGACGAUACCAGUGCCAAUUCAACUACUGUUAAAGUGUUACAGAUACCAAUUAGGUACUUCAUUCGAUACCCAUCACACAUGUUGUGCACCUGCUUUUAUCCGGUGUAACAGGCGUGUAGUGUCGCCACACUUUAGAGCGUUUAGGUGGCAUCUUGGCUGCUGAACUGCUAAGUGCGCUUACUCAAAUUCACUGCGACUUCACCACCACAGACGGGUUGUAGCUGCUGUGGCAGUGGGCCAAUUACAUGUCGCAUUAAAUCGAUGAAUGCUUGCUUGAUUGGCUGAGAGCAAGUCAGUACAAAUAAUAGUACAAAUACAUACUUUCUAGCUCUGGGUGCAAAAAGGAAUAAUUGCAGUUAUUGUCUGACUGGAGACGUUUUGAGACUACUUGGUAUCGAUUUAUUUCGGUCGAUACCUUAAAAGGUAUGAAGUACUGAUACCCAGAUCUAACACACUAAUGCUUUUUCUGCUUUGUCAAGCUUAAGUAUCUGCUGUAAAAAAGAAGGUCUAUGAUGAAGUAAAGUGGAGACUUUAUCUGUUCUAUUGUGUCUUUAUCUCAAGUUGGCGAAUAACUCCUCUUUGACGAAGUACUCUGUAGAACGGAUGUCUGAGAAAAUGUGACAUUCAUGGUGUGUUCCAGUUGUACUCAGAAGUCAGAAUUUCCGAGUUCCCAGUCGGAAAUUUAACUCAUGAACCCCAGAAAAAUAAUGUUUUAUAUGUGGAGGUGACGUCAUUAUACAAUAUUUGUAUCAAGGUAGAGUUUAAAAAAGGAAAUUGUUCUCGAACUCCAAAAUGCAAGCACAGCUACUCUUUGCUUCUGUAUGGAAUCCCUCCUGGAGUGUGUUAAACGUCACACACUGAAGAUAACAGUGGCGGAGCAUGUUUGUGUGUUGUUCAUGCAGUACUCUUGUGUGUAUGUGUGUAUGACAAUUGUGGCUGCCUUGGGAAUUAUUAUCUCCGUCCAUGAACAGAGCCUCGGCGUUGUCAUGUGAAGUCAGUGUGUUCAUGAGUUGGUUUUUCUUUGUCUGACUGUUAACAUUUUCACCACCAUGUAAGGAAUCAUCAAAUGCAAACUACAUGCUGUGAGACAUAUUGACUGCAUCCAUUGAUGUCGCCCUCCAGCUUUAAAUAGACAUGUCUGUCACACCCCACAUGUACACUGUGUCUGGGUCUGUUGGCAUUGUCUCCUGCAUGAUUGCAUUAAAUUUCUUUGUUUUUCUGCC